AAUUUCCAUUUUUAGAGCUCCUGAAUUGUUGUGUCCAAACAAAAAAUUCAACAUUAUAAAUCAGUGGGAGAUGCACACAGAAACACCAAACCAUUAGUGUUAGAAAAAGCUUUUGUUAAACUCUUGGGACGUUAUUGAGUUCACAAGCUACAAUGGUUUCACUUGUCUUCCUUGCAUUAGUUGUCCUCAUCUUCCUCUUGUUUCUUCUCCGAAAUCGCAAAACAAGAACAGAUCCUCAUUUCCCACCAGGUCCUCGAGCUCUUCCCUUCAUAGGCAACUUGCAUCAACUUCAUAACUCAGCCUCUUAUAUCUCUCUAUGGAAACUUUCUCAGAAGUACGGACCUCUAAUGUCUUUGCGCAUGUGCUUUGAACCAGUUCUAGUUGUUUCCUCAGCCAAAAUGGCUAAAGAAAUAAUGAAAACCCAUGACCACAUUUUUUCUGCCAGGCCAUCCAAGCUUAGCCAGCAGAAGUUGUCCUACAAUGGCUUAGACUUAGCCUUUGCAGCUUACGGUUCUUAUUGGAAAGAGAUGAGGAAAAUAUGUAAAGUUCAUCUCUUCAACUCCAAUAGAGCCAGAAGUUUCCGUCCCAUUAGAGAAUCUGAAGUUUCCCAUAUGCUUGGAGAGAUCUGCGGUUUAGUUUCUGCUUCCCAACCUGUAGAUAUAACUGAGGCUAUCAUGUCUCUUGCAAAUACUAUAAUCAGUAAGAUUACUUUUGGGCAGAGGUACAAGGAAGAAAAUAGUAGAAUUCAAGCUUUACUUAGAGAAGCUGAGACCCUUUUCACGAGCUUCUACGUUUCAGACUAUUUUCCUCUCCUGGGUUUUGUUGAUAAACUCACUGGAUUGAUCCAUCGCUUGGAAAAAAAUUUCCAAGAAUUUGACAUUUUCUAUGAAAAGAUUAUCCAAGAACACCUUGAUUAUGGUAGAUCAGAGCUUGAUGAUCAUUCAGAAGAUAUUCUUGAUGGCCUACUUAAACUCCGGAAUGAUCCUUCUCUCAAGUUUCAAGUCACCUUUAGUCACAUCAAAGCAGUGUUAAUGAAUAUAGUUACUGGAGCAACAGACAAUAAUGCAGCAGCUGUGAUUUGGGCCAUGACAUUCCUGAUGAAGAAUCCUACAAAAAUGAAGAAAGCUCAAGAAGAAGUCAGAGGUUUAGUUGGAAACAAAGGUUUUGUAAAUGAAGAUGAAAUCCAAGAACUAUCUUAUAUGAAAGCUGUGGUGAAAGAGACAAUGAGAUUACAACCUGCACUUCCCAUAAUCCCAAGAGAAACAACUGAGGAUUGCAAUUUAGAUGGGUUCAAAAUCCCAGCAAAAACUACAGUUUAUGUGAAUGUAUAUGCAAUUGGAAGAGACCCACAAGUUUGGGAAAAUGCACAAGAGUUCUGUCCUGAGAGAUUCAUCAACAGUUCUGUUGACUUGAAAGGACAAAAUUUUGAGCUAAUCCCAUUUGGAGGUGGGAGAAGAAUGUGUCCUGGUGUAAGUAUAGCACUUGCAACAGUGGAGUUAGCUCUUGCUAAUUUGCUUUACAAAUUUGAUUGGGAGAUGCCUUUUGGAAUGAGCAAUGAAGACUUGGACAUGGAAGUGGUACCAGGCCUUACAAUGCACAAGAAAAAUGCUCUUUGCCUCAUGGCUAAGCAGUAUAUUUGAGAACCUUAAGAAUUUUAAUUGUGCUUUGCAUUAUGCUUUAAUUAGUAAGUUAUUU